GUAGAUUUGCAGAAGAAGGAAAGAAAGAUCCCAGCACAGACGCAACGGGGAAUUGAAAGUAAGGAUCCCCGUAAUAACGGUUUUGCUAAAACCCUAAUCGGAAACAAUAUCAGAUUCUCUAAACAGAUUUCAGUUAUCCAACAAUCAACCCUACCUUCAGUCCAUUCGGAAAGCCCUAGAAAUCUUGUAUGAUGGAAAAUGAAAUGGAAGAAGAUCGAAACGAAGGUCCUCCUCGGAAGCGACUGCUGACAGAUCCAAACCCUAAAAAAAAUUUCGUCACUGCAUCGCCAGAAUCGACUGUUUCCUCCGACUCAUCCUCCGAUCGGCUCGGGAAAAAGACUAGAGAUUUGCCCAACUUAUCCGAUUGCCAUAGUUGCGCUGUCCGGAUCAACUACACGAACCCUAGGGAGAGACUUCAACCACUGGACAGCAUGUGGCGCGUAGUCUUGUUGUGUAAAAAAUGCACUAAGCGAGUGAAAUCUUCCGAGCUCUGUCCGUACUGUUUUUCUGUUGUGGGUGAUGAUAAAGAUUGCUUUAAAUGCCUUGGUUGCCAGCAUAGUAUUCAUAAAGACUGUGUAGCUAAGUAUGGUUCGGGGCUAGGGUUUUCCGUUUGUGUUGAUUGUUGGAUUCCUGAUGCGGUUGCUAGCUCGAUUGGAGUGGGGAAGAGGAAGAGAAAGAAACACAACAAGCAGUCUUGUGAGCGGGUUGCUACUUUGCCUGAAUCUAGGGUUUCUGUAGGUGAAGAAGUGGGAAAAAAGUUUGCUGCUGCAGAAAAAGCUAGUGAUAAUGCUUUAAAGAAAUCUGUGAUUGCAAAAAGCGCUGUUGAAUUAGCUAAAGGGGAUAAUGCACAGAUAAGAUGCUAUUCAAGAAGGAGAGCCAGCAAGAAGACUAGCUUGAUGAAUUCAGGGAAUUUGGGUGUACCCUUAAUUUUCUAUUCCAGAAGGCGUGUAAAGAGUGGCUUGAAGAAUUCAGUUACUUCAAAUGCACCACUUAUAUUCUAUUCUAGAAGGCGUUCCAGUAGUAAAGCUUGUUCACAUGUUAGAGAAUGUGAAUCUUUUAUAGUUGAGCUAAGUGAAGGAAUUGAUAAACAUGUUUCUGUAUCUUCUUCUAUUGGAUUGAAGGGUUCUACUUGUGGUUCCAAUGCAGAGAAUAGUUCAAGUGGCAAUGAGUGUCAAGAAAAUGACAGGGUAAGAUUCGGUUUGGAUCCACAUCGAUUUCUAUUGAAAUACCACAGAAUGAGAAAAUGCAAUCCCAGAACUUCAGUUUUUGUUAAGGAUUCCGAUUGUGGGUCUUAUAUUGAUUCUGCUGAUUUGAAUGCUGAGGACACGAGUGAUACAAGGGAUUUGAGAAAUGGUGAAAUUUGUGAAAUAGGUGACAAGAAUGCUAACCGCUUUUUGUUGAAAUACAAGAGAUCUAAAGCUCCUGCAUGUCUUGCUCAAUGA